AUGGACAACAACAUAUCAAGUCCUCUUUCCUUGGCUGGAUUUCUAUUUGGCAACAUAGAUGAAUCUGGACAGUUAGAUACUGAUCUGUUUGAUAAUGAGGCAAAAAAAUAUUUGAAUGCACUUACCAGGCUGGGUUUUGACUCUUUGGUCGAUGAAAUUAUAGGUGAUGAAAAAAUUAUUAUUGAAAAUAACGGUAAUAGAAAGUCUUCAUUAAGUGAAAGUGAUUCAGAUGAAUUUGCUGAUUCUCAAAUCAAGAGCUUAACUGGUGAUGACAGUUCAGAAUCUCUAUGUUCAAAAGCUCCUACAGCUAUAGAUUAUGGAGACAUUGAUGAACUAGCAGAAGAUUGCCAAAGUGAUGUAAAAUCAGAAUCAGAUGUUCAAAAAGAAGCUGAAGAUAAUACAGAUUAUGAUGCUGAUGAUGAAGAAGUUGUGGCUGCCAGUCUUAUGCCUCCACCUCCUGAACCCAAGGAAGAAAAAGAAAUUAAAACCGAGCCAAAAGUUCGUAGAAGAAUGGAUACACCUUUGGCUGCUAUGUUGCCUUCAAAAUAUGUCAAUGUUGAUGUUACUGAUCUCUUUCCAGAUUUUCGAUAUGAUAAGGUUCUUAGAUUUUCAAGAUUAUUCGGACCAGGGAAACCCAGCAGUUUACCUCAAAUAUGGAGAAGUGUGAGAAAAAGAAGAAAAAGAAAAAAAUUGCAGGAAAGAACAUCUGAUUCUGGUUCUGACCAAGAAAAUAUAAAAGAGGUCCCAAGAGGAUGGUUUUUAAAUUUUGCUCCUGAACCUACUAAAGAAAUGUGCCUGUCUGAUAAUGAGGACAAGCUAUUAAGUCAGGUAGAGGAUAAAUCAGUAUCAGCAAAAACGGAACAAAAGGAUGUAAAUGAUGCAGGACCAAGAGUGGCUGAUUGGAGAUUCGGUCCAGCUCAAGUAUGGUAUGAUAUGUUACAAGUUAAUGAAACAGGAGAAGGUUUUAACUAUGGUUUUAAAUUAAAAGACAAGUCAGCAGAAAACAACUACGAAGAAGUUGUCAAAGAAGUAUUUCCUGAUGAUGCAUUUUUAUUAGUAUCACAAUUACAUUGGGAAGAUGAUGUCGUAUGGAAUGGGGAAGACAUAAAACAUAAAGUGAUGCAAAAGUUAAAUUGUAAAACUAAUGCAGCGGGAUGGGUUCCAAGUAGUAGUAAUAGAACUGCACAAGCGUUUAGCCAACCGGGGAAAGGAAUUACCAACAUUCCUCCUAGUGGUAUUAGAGCCACGGCUCCUUCCGGUACUCAGUCAACUACUUCAAUAAAUAAACAGACGUCUAAAACACCAGUACUUUUGAAUAGAAGUCAAACUCAAUCCCAAGGAAACGCUGAUAAUACAGACGACACGUGGUAUUCUAUUUUCCCUGUUGAGAACGAAGAACUCGUUUACGGGAGAUGGGAAGACGAAGUUAUUUGGGAUGCUGAAAAUAUGGAUACCAUUCCGAAACCAAAAAUUUUAACACUUGAUCCAAACGAUGAAAACAUUAUUUUGGGAAUACCAAAUGACGUUGAUCCAGCAAAACAAAGAAUGGAUUCACGUACUCCCGUUAAAGUUAAAAUACCUCAUCCUCACGUGAAGAAAUCGAAAAUUCUUCUUGGUAAAGCUGGCGUUAUAAAUGUUAUGGAACAAGAUUCACCUCCUCCUCCUCCUAAAUCACCCAACCGAGAUCCAUUUAAUAUUUCUAACGAUAGUUAUUACAUGCCAAAGACUUCCGAAUCGUCGAUACGUUUGAAAGUUGGAGGAAAUCUUUUGCAGCAUUCAACACCGGUUGUCGAAUUAAGAGUUCCAUUCGUUCAAACUCAUAUGGGUCCCAUGAGGCUAAGAAAUUUCCAUAGGCCACCUUUAAAAAGGUUUUCUCACGGUGCUCUAUCUCAACCCGGACCACAUCAAGUUUACCCUUUGUUAAAACACAUUAAGAAAAAGGCCAAACAAAGAGAUCAAGAAAGGGCAGCUGCCGGUGGAGGAGACAUAUUUUUUAUGCGGACACCGGAAGAUUUGUCUGGGAAAGAUGGCGAUAUAAUACUAAUAGAAUUUUGUGAAGAACAUCCACCUUUAAUCAAUCAGGUUGGAAUGUGUUCUAAAAUAAAAAACUAUUACAAGAGAAAAGCCAAUAAGGAUCAAGGACCGCCCGAGUAUAAAUAUGGCGAAACUGCUUAUGCCCACACAUCGCCAUUCCUCGGAGUUAUGGCUCCUGGUGCAUCCAUUCAAACCGUUGAAAAUAACAUGUAUCGUGCUCCUUUAUUCGAACACAAAUUACAAGAUACCGAUUUCCUCGUGAUUCGAACCAGACGACAAUAUUGGAUUCGGGAAAUCAAUGCCUUGUUCGUUGCCGGUCAAGAAUGUCCUUUAUACGAAGUACCAGGACCGAAUUCGAAAAGGGCGAAUAAUUUCGUUCGAGAUUUUUUACAGGUAUUUAUUUAUCGGCUUUUUUGGAAAAGCAAAGAUUCGCCGAGAAGGAUAAGAAUGGAUGAUAUUAAAAAGGCUUUUCCAACUCAUUCGGAGAGUAGUAUUAGAAAACGUUUAAAAUUGUGUGCAGAUUUUAAAAGAACAGGUACCGAUAGCAAUUGGUGGGUUAUAAAACCUGAUUUUCGUUUGCCGACCGAAGAAGAAAUACGAGCAAUGGUUUCGCCUGAACAAUGUUGUGCUUAUUUCAGCAUGAUCGCCGCCGAACAAAGGCUUAAAGAUGCUGGUUACGGUGAAAAAUUUAUUUUUGCUCCACAAGAUGACGACGAUGAGGAAAUGCAAUUGAAAAUGGACGACGAAGUAAAAGUGGCUCCUUGGAAUACAACAAGGGCGUACAUUCAAGCCAAUAAGGGAAAAUGUUUGCUGCAACUCACCGGACCAGCCGAUCCUACCGGUUGCGGAGAAGGUUUUUCAUACGUUCGAGUUCCCAAUAAACCGACUCAGAGUAAAGAAGAACAAGAAGCGCAACCGAAAAGAAUAGUCACCGGUACGGAUGCUGAUUUGAGAAGAUUAUCGUUGAAUAAUGCAAAAGCGCUUUUGAGAAAGUUUGGAGUUCCCGAGGAGGAGAUUAAAAAAUUAUCCCGGUGGGAAGUUAUUGACGUCGUACGAACGUUAUCUACGGAAAAAGCAAAAGCUGGAGAAGAAGGAAUGACGAAAUUUUCAAGAGGGAAUCGAUUUUCAAUUGCCGAACAUCAAGAACGGUAUAAAGAAGAAUGUCAAAGAAUUUUCGAACUACAAAAUCGAGUUUUAGUUUCCAGCGAGGUUUUGUCGACGGACGAAGCUGAAAGUUCUCUGGACGAAGACAGUUCCGACAUUGAAGAAAUGGGUAAAAAUCUUGAAAACAUGUUGGCGAAUAAAAAGACGAGUUCUCAAUUGAGCAGAGAGCGUGAGGAACAAGAAAGGCAAGAAUUGAGGAAAAUAUUUAUGGGUGAAGGAACGGAGGAACAAAGGAAAGCCAAAAAGGAGAAAAAAGAUGAUGAGAAUCAAGAUGGAAAUUAUUCGGCUCAGCCAGGACGAGUACUCAAAAUUUACCGAACGUUUAAGGAUUCCGAGGGUAAAGAAUUCACAAGAGUCGAAAUCGUUCGUAAGCCCAUGGUCAUGGAUGCUUAUUUGAAAAUUCGCACGACGAAAGACGAAGCUUUCAUUAAGCAAUUUGCGACUUUGGACGAAGCACAAAAGGAAGAAAUGAAAAGGGAAAAGAGGAGAAUUCAAGAGCAGUUGAGACGAAUAAAAAGAAAUCAGGAAAGAGAAAGAUUAUACGGAACGGGAAGACCGCAAAUGUUUAAUUUGAGCAAUCGACAAUUGGUUAAUCCCGGUUCCCUUAAUCCGACUCCUCCAGGAACGGGUCCCACAUUGAAUCCUCUCAUACAAAACGCUCUCAACACGCACAAACUUCAACCCAAACAUCAUCAUCAUCAUAAGAAGCAAAAAAUCAAAGAGCUCAAAGAUGGUAAAAUAGAGAAAAGAGGAAGGAAAAUGAAAAUGAAAAUCGAUAGUAAAAUGAAAUGCGGAUCCUGCGGGAACGUUGGACAUAUGCGAACGAACAAAGCGUGUCCUAAUUAUUCCAGUUUAAUGCCAUCCCCGUGUUUGAACGUUGCCAUGACGGAAGAACAAGAAGAAAUAGAAAAACAACUUUUGAAUGCGGAAGAUGAUGAAGAUUUGGUGAAUGUCGAUGGAACGAAAGUUAAAUUAUCCGGAAAACUUUUGAAGCACGCGGAAGAAAUCAAAAGGAAAACUUUAUUACUUCGCGUUCCUCGCGAAGCCAUGCACUCUAGGAAAAGGAGGAAAACUGCCAACGAAUCUCAUUGCGAUUAUCUGAAACGACAGCAAAGACCAGCCAACCGAAGACGAACGGAUCCUGUUGUCGUUCUCUCGACAAUUUUAGAAUCGAUAUUGAACGAAAUGAGAGGGCUUCAAGACGUUCAACCAUUUUUAUUCCCGGUCAACGCUAAAGUCGUACCUGAUUAUUAUAAAAUUGUACAAAGGCCCAUGGACCUUCAAACGAUCAGAGAGAAUUUAAGGCAAAAAAAAUAUCAAAGUCGCGAAGAGUUUUUAGCCGACGUUAAUCAAAUUGUGGAAAAUUCGACUUUGUACAACGGAGCUAAAAGUGCUUUGACCGUUGCUGCAAGGAGAAUGCUUAGCUUAUGCGUCGAUAGAUUGGACGAAAAAGAAGAUAAAUUGAUGAGAUUGGAAAAAGCGAUCAAUCCGCUGUUGGACGACAACGAUCAAGUCGCUCUCACUUUCAUAUUGGACAACGUCGUUAAUAAUAAAUUGAAAACGAUGCAAGAAUCAUGGCCGUUUUUGAAACCCGUCAAUAAGAAAAACGUUAAGGAUUAUUACAACAUAAUCAAAUACCCGAUGGAUCUUGGAACGAUUGCCAAAAAAGUUUCCUCGCAUAAAUAUCACAACAGGAGAGAAUUUUUGAGCGACGUCGAAUUGAUUUUGGAAAAUUGCAUUUUGUACAAUGGAAAAGAGUCUCCCUACACGCUCAAAGCGGAAGCACUGGUCAAAGUUUGCAAAGCGACUUUAGAAGAAUACGACGAUCAUUUGACGCAACUCGAAAAGAAUAUCAGUUUGGUGCAAGAGCGAGCUCUGGAACAAGCGGAAACGGAUUCCAUCGGAACGUGGAUGGCAGGGGAAGAUCAAGAAUUUGGUGGGAGUGGUAACAAUUCGCCCCUGCACAUGUUGAACGAAGGGGAUUUUGUAGACGUUGAAGGGGUUUCGAGCGAAAUUCAGGCACGUAGACGGGAUAAAACUCACGUCCUAGAAGAAGAUUUACAAUUUUCGAGCGAAGAAGAAUUCGAAGAUAUUGGGGAUGACGGAGAGGGCAAAUGGAAAGGACAGGAUAUUUCUCAAGAUGACAGUCAGCAAGCGGCCAUUGCAAUGAUGGAACUCGGUAACGAUAGUUUUUACGGAUCCCAAGGACAAGUGACGGAUAUUAAAGAAGAAAGCAUGGAUGUGGAUCCUAAUUACGAUCCUUCGGAUUUUCUACUUGCCGGAUUACCGAGAAAGACGGAAAAUGAGGGAUCGCGAAAUUCAGAUAAACAAUUGGAUGAUACGUUUGAUGAUGACAAUGAAAAAUCUCAAAUGGGUAAAAUCAAUGCGGAUUUAGAAGUAAGCGAAUCAGAUGAAGAAAAUCAAAAUGGAAACAAAAUGGAGGAACAACCACAAGAAGAUGAUGGCGAUCUAUGGUUUUAA